CUGGCCAGUGACGCCUGGAGAGAGGCACAGAAUUGGAAGCCGGACGGGCUUCACCGUUGACGUUGCAGGCGCUCCUGUGGCCCAUCCAGGGUUUGAGCGCGGCUGCCGUGGUGAUCCUUGCACGGGUAUCCGUCCCUCCUUCCCUUCCUCCUCCUCUUCUUCCACCUCCUCCCCUGAACCUCCCUCGAGAAACAGACACCCCUCUUGACUUCUUCCCUCUCCAAAGCGAAGGCAGCAGGCUCGCUAUGGCUUCAGGUCCCCCUGGUGCAGCCGCCGCCACCACCGCUACUGCCGCUGCUGACUCGACACAAUUGGAAGGUGUGGGGGGUGAAGCAUAGACAAGGAGAGGAGGGCGGACCGAAGCAGCCCCGGAUUAAUAUUGGUUGGGAAGUAGAAGAUGCCAGGACACAGGAGGGCGAGCGAGCCUGCUUCUGAAGUAGGCGGUGGCGGAGGCAGCCUGGAGAACAGUAGCUAAGGAGAGAAGUGCAUCUCUCCUCUCUUUCUCUUUCUCUAGGUCUCUUUCUUUCUUUAGGCCGUGGUGGUGUAGGGAAGAGGCGAAUCCUACGCUAAGUGGCGGCGGCAGCAGCAACAGCCUGGAGCUGAAUGCUGCAAGCACCGGAUGACUCCAGCUGCUUCCUUUCUCGGUGUAAUCAGCAUCGUUCACAACCACUGCUGGAGGGAAGUGUCGGUGCGCGGAGAGAAGCAUUGCUGUCUGAGUGAAAUUGCUUGGAAAGCUCUCUCCUUCCCUCCCUCUCCCCCUCCCCAACCUGGAGGCUAGAGCUUGGCGUUUGGCCGCCGCGCUGGUGAUCCUUAGGAAGCUAACUUCAAGGAGGUAGACAGCAUGGCUAGCUCAGCCCGGGAGCACCUGCUUUUUGUGAGAAGGCGCAACCCUCAGAUGCGCUACACACUGAGUCCAGAGAACCUCCAGAGCCUUGCCUCCCAGGGCUCCAUGCCCGAGAACAUGAACCUGCAGCGGGCUAACAGUGACACUGACCUGGUGACUUCAGAAAGCCGCUCCAGCCUGACUGCGAGCAUGUAUGAAUAUACCCUGGGCCAAGCCCAGAAUCUUAUUAUCUUUUGGGACAUUAAAGAAGAAGUGGACCCUACUGACUGGAUUGGACUUUAUCAUAUAGAUGAGAAUUCUCCAGCCAAUUUUUGGGAUUCGAAGAACCGAGGUGUGACUGGGACACAAAAAGGUCAAAUUGUAUGGAGAAUUGAACCUGGGCCCUAUUUUAUGGAACCGGAAAUAAAAAUAUGUUUUAAAUACUACCAUGGCAUUAGUGGAGCCCUGAGAGCUACUACCCCAUGUAUUACUGUGAAAAAUCCUGCUGUGAUGAUGGGGGCAGAAGGCAUGGAAGGAGGUGCUUCAGGAAAUCAACAUUGUCGGAAAUUAGUCAGUUUUACCUUAUCAGAUCUUAGGGCAGUUGGAUUAAAGAAAGGAAUGUUCUUUAAUCCUGAUCCUUACCUUAAGAUGUCAAUUCAGCCAGGAAAGAAGAGCAGUUUUCCUACAUUUGCCCAUCAUGGGCAGGAAAGAAGGUCUACUAUCAUCAGUAAUACAACUAAUCCAAUUUGGCACAGAGAGAAAUAUUCCUUUUUUGCACUUCUUACUGAUGUCUUAGAAAUUGAAAUUAAAGACAAAUUUGCCAAGAGUCGUCCUAUCAUUAAGCGUUUUCUUGGAAAACUAACCAUACCAGUCCAGAGGUUGCUGGAGCGUCAAGCCAUUGGUGAUCAAAUGCUCAGCUACAACCUUGGCAGAAGGCUCCCAGCUGACCAUGUGAGUGGGUAUCUCCAAUUCAAAGUUGAGAUUACAUCUUCUAUUCAUGAAGAUGCUUCACCAGAAGCAGUUGGCACCAUCCUUGGAGUGAAUUCUGUGAAUGGAGAUCUGGGAAGUCCCUCUGAUGAUGAGGACAUGCCAGGAGGACAUCAUGACUCCCCUCCAGUUUGUUCUAAUGGUCCAGUUUCUGAGGAAAGUGCUCCAGAUGGCACUCCCAAGCAUUCCUUUAGGACUAGCUCCACUAUGGAAAUAGAUCCAGAGGAUAUAACCUCUAGUUCUUCCAGGACCUCCCCUCCCAGAGGACGGCAGGAUUCAUUGAAUGAUUAUCUAGAUGCCAUUGAACACAAUGGUCAUUCCAGGCCUGGGACAUCUGCCUGUGCUGAGAGGUCCCUUGGAGCUUCUCCCAAACUAAGAAGUAGUUUCCCCACUGAUACUAGACUCAAUGCCAUGCUUCAUAUUGACUCUGAUGAAGAGGAUCAUGAGUUUCAGCAAGAUCUGGGUUAUCCUUCCUCCUUGGAAGAGGAAGGAGGAUUGGUAAUGUUUAGUAGUGCUUCAAGAACUGAUGAAGGGAAUUCAGUGAUGAGUCAAGCAAAGCCAGACACCAAUCCUAGAGAAGUAGAGGAAGACCCAGCAGUUGAAGCUGUUUCCUUUGAGAAUAAACAGGAGGAAGAACUUCCAGAGAUUCCUGACAGUUCCUCAGUUUUAGAUGCAGCUGCAGAAGAAGGAGAAAAUGGCCAAGAACCUCAGCCAAGUGCAGAGCAGGGCAGUGGCGAAUUAUGCGACUCUCACGAGGGUGACCAGCUCACCAGUGAUGUAGACCCAGGGAAUUCUGAUGCACCAGGAGAAAGCAGAAGGGCCAUCAGUGAGACCGAGUCUAUUGACCAAGGGUCUGAACCUUCCCAAGUAUCAUCUGAAACAGAGCCUAGCGAUCCUGCCCGGACUGAGAGUGUCAGUGAGGCCAGCACCAGGCCUGAGGGAGAGAGUGAUGUGGAAGGGGCUGAUAGUUCCUGCAAUGAGAGUGUUACCACACAGCUAUCUUCAGUGGAUACCCGGUGCUCUUCUUUGGAGAGUGCCCGAUUUCCUGAAACCCCAGCCUUUUCAUCUCAGGAAGAAGAAGAAGGAGCCUGUGCUGCAGAUCCUGCCAACAGUGGUCCUGCUUCAGGGUCACAGGAUUCUGUAUGCACCCCUGGGUCUCUGCCUGUGGUAAGGGUACCCAGUGGUCAGGAGGAAGGGCAGGGGACAGAAAUGCCUGCUCUGCCUGAUGGAGAGGAGAUGGGGGAGAUCUGGCAGAGGAGGAAUAGUCUUCAGGCUACUGCAGAGAGCUCACAUGAAGAUGACACUGGGGAUACCCAAGAAGCUUGUGAGGGGGCCACUGCUCAGGCUGAAGGAGCUACUGGAGAUUGGGAGGCACGGAUCGACAGUCAUGGAAGGAUAUUCUAUGUGGAUCAUGUAAACAGAACAACAACUUGGCAGAGGCCCACUGCUCCCCCCGCCCCACAAAUACUACAGAGAUCCAAUUCUAUUCAACAAAUGGAGCAGCUAAACCGUAGGUAUCAAAGUAUCCGUAGAACAAUGACUAAUGAAAGGCCUGAAGAACAAGCUAAUGCCAUUGAUGGAGCUGGAGAGGAGGCAGACUUCCAUCAGUCCAAUGCAGAUUUUCGACGGGAGAAUGUGCUGUCCCACUCUACCUCCAGGUCUAGGCUGACGUUACUGUUACAGUCUCCCCCUGUGAAAUUUCUCAUAAGCCCAGAGUUCUUCACAGUGCUGCAUUCUAACCCUAGUGCCUACCGCAUGUUUACAAACAACACGUGUUUGAAGCACAUGAUCACCAAAGUCCGGCGGGACACCCACCACUUUGAACGCUACCAGCAUAAUCGAGACCUAGUGGGAUUCCUCAACAUGUUUGCUAAUAAACAACUGGAGCUGCCAAGGGGCUGGGAAAUGAAACAUGAUCAUCAGGGCAAGGCUUUUUUUGUUGACCACAAUUCCCGUACCACCACCUUCAUUGACCCUCGGCUCCCACUGCAGAGCAGCAGACCCACAAGCGCUUUGGUACAUCGGCAACAUCUGACCAGGCAGCGCAGCCACAGUGCUGGUGAGGUAGGAGAGGACUCUCGACAUUCAGGACCACCAGUUCUUCCUAGGCCAUCCAGCACAUUCAAUACUGUCAGUAGGUCACAGUACCAGGACAUGGUUCCAGUGGCCUACAAUGACAAGAUUGUUGCAUUUCUACGUCAGCCCAAUAUCUUUGAAAUUCUGCAGGAGCGUCAGCCUGACCUUACUAGGAACCAUUCACUCAGGGAGAAGAUACAGUUUAUCCGGACAGAGGGGACACCUGGACUGGUACGUCUUUCCAGUGAUGCUGACCUUGUAAUGUUGCUAAGUUUAUUUGAAGAAGAGAUAAUGUCAUAUGUGCCUCCACAUGCCUUACUCCACCCCAGCUAUUGCCAGUCCCCACGCAGUUCCCCCGUGUCCUCACCUCAGAACUCUCCAGGUACCCAGCGUGCCAAUGCUCGGGCUCCUGCCCCUUACAAACGAGAUUUUGAAGCCAAACUGAGGAACUUCUACAGGAAGUUGGAAACAAAAGGAUAUGGACAAGGGCCAGGAAAGUUAAAGUUAAUCAUCAGAAGAGACCAUUUGUUGGAAGAUGCUUUUAAUCAGAUUAUGGGUUAUUCCAGAAAAGACUUGCAGAGGAAUAAGCUCUAUGUCACCUUUGUUGGAGAGGAAGGGCUGGAUUACAGUGGACCUUCUAGAGAGUUUUUCUUCCUGGUAUCCAGAGAACUCUUUAAUCCAUAUUAUGGCUUAUUUGAAUAUUCAGCUAAUGAUACAUACACAGUGCAAAUAAGUCCCAUGUCUGCUUUUGUAGACAAUCACCAUGAAUGGUUCAGGUUUAGUGGUCGAAUCCUUGGCCUUGCACUGAUACACCAGUAUUUGUUAGAUGCCUUCUUCACACGACCAUUUUAUAAGGCCCUUCUCAGAAUUCUGUGUGAUUUGAGUGAUCUAGAAUAUCUUGAUGAAGAGUUCCACCAGAGCCUACAGUGGAUGAAAGAUAAUGACAUCCAUGACAUCCUAGACCUCACCUUUACUGUAAAUGAAGAAGUUUUUGGACAGAUCACUGAACGAGAAUUAAAGCCAGGGGGUGCCAAUAUCCCAGUCACAGAGAAGAACAAGAAGGAAUAUAUCGAAAGAAUGGUGAAAUGGAGAAUUGAGAGGGGUGUUGUACAACAAACAGAGAGCUUAGUGCGGGGUUUCUAUGAGGUGGUGGAUGCUAGACUGGUAUCUGUGUUUGAUGCAAGGGAACUGGAACUGGUCAUCGCUGGAACUGCUGAAAUAGACCUAAGUGACUGGAGAAACAACACAGAAUAUAGAGGAGGCUAUCACGACAAUCAUAUUGUAAUCCGGUGGUUCUGGGCUGCUGUAGAAAGAUUCAACAAUGAACAACGACUAAGGUUGUUACAGUUUGUCACAGGCACAUCCAGCAUACCCUAUGAAGGUUUCGCUUCUCUGCGAGGGAGUAAUGGGCCAAGGAGAUUCUGUGUGGAGAAAUGGGGGAAAAUCACUGCCCUUCCCAGGGCUCAUACUUGUUUUAAUCGUCUGGACCUUCCCCCCUAUCCAUCAUUCUCCAUGCUUUAUGAAAAACUUUUGACAGCUGUUGAAGAAACAAGUACUUUUGGACUCGAAUAAUCUGGCAACCAUAGUGCCCAGCCCUUUAUGGAUGGGACUUAAUGGAACUUGCCCUCUUGAAGAAUGAGUGAACCUCAAUUUUGGAGUUCCUAAAGAAUGGUUACUUUACAGUGUAUCUAGGGAGUAAGAUUCCAAGAACAAAUGCUCAAUAAUUUCUGGGGCGUAUAGGACAGUGGUGACAGAGUCCUCUUGGAAGGAUCUGGAGAGGCCUGAUGUGCAGGGAAAACCCAACAGUCUUUCAAUCAACAGUUCUUCCUGACUGCCAAACUUUUUUUUCUUCCAUUCAUUAUGUUCCAAGAACAAGAUGAGACUGUACUGGAUCAACUACAUGGUAAUUAUAAGGACUUAAUCAAGAUCCUAAAACUAGUCCUUGAACUUAUUCAAGCCAAACUGUGGCAUCUCUUGACCCAACUUCCAAAUUAGCUUACGUUAAAUGAUAUAAUAAAGAAAAUCUUUCCUGAAAGUACAUUAAUUUAUGCCCACUGUUAUGACAGAACAACCCUUUCUUGCUGUACCUAAGACUCUGUGUGCCUGCAUGGUGUGCACCGUAUGUAUCAACUUUUAGAAGAGUUGCCAUGAAAAGGAAUCUGAGUCACAGAGAAGUAACUAAAAUGGGCUAUCCUAAAGGUGCCUGGUGAAAAUGCAUAUUCAGGUGGUAUAUGGCUAAGUAGAGAUGGCUACAGAUGACCUGUUAUAUCAUGGAUUCCUAAUGAAUUACAGAUUUUAUGCUUUAUAAUGCAUGGAAACUGUUUUUUAAAUAGCAAUUUAUCACAUCAUGGCAGGAAAAAAAAUACACAGUAAGUUCUGUUUAUUUUUAUAGGCUCAUUAUGUUUGUGUUCUUUAAAUUGUGUAUAAGAACCUUGCAUAUUGUGUCUCAUCUCUUCCAUUUCCAUGCAUUGUUUUUGUGUGGGUAAUUCUAAGUACUCUCAAGGGGGGGGGGGGAAUGCCUUUUAUUUUUAUAAGGGUAAAAAAAAUUCCCCCCAAAUAUUUUGCACUAAAUGUACCAAAGUCAAAGAGAUGUUACAAUAUGACUGACAACAACUCAUUCACUCUUAGAAAUAAUUAAGAAAGCUUCUUAGAAUUCACCUUUCUUCCCUUGCUUUGUCUACCAGUCUACCACUACCAAGGCUGGGCACCUAGGUAAUCUUUUUUUUUUUUUUUAGAAACUCAUACUGUAUAAUCAUGCAACAACAAUUUGUUUCAAGUGCACAGAUUCUUUUCCAUUCAUUCACCAUUCUGAGAUGACAUUUAAAAAGGAUGUUUUCUAUUCCUUUCCUUUCCCCCCACAGCUCUGUAUUUGUAUACCAUCUUCCACAUUUAAGCUCACUUGGGAAGCCCAGAACAUUGUGUAAGAAAUCAAUCCUCUUUAAGAAUAGCAAUAUCAAUUUUUCUUCAUUCAUAACCACUUCCACUUCAGGAAUUUAAACUGUCUAUAAUGUUUCUAGACCCGAGUAGUGACUGAUGCAUAAUUUUCUUAUGAAUGUUAGUUAAUUGGUGGUAUUACUAUGGUAUUUCACAAACUGCAUGGCAUCUAAAAUUUUAAGUAUGUUUAAUUUUACCAAAGUAUGUCCUUCACCUGAAAGUCAUCUGAAUUAUCUCUGUAUUUUUGUACAUUUUUAUGGUUAUAAUCUCCCAGAAUUUUAUUUGAAUGAAGUACAUUUGGGGUUUGGGGUUGGAUAAUGUGAAUUAGAGUAGUUGGUCAGCUUAAUAUUAUUAGAACUUGUUUGAAACAUUCUCUAAGAGUUGGAGAUAAAAAACAGCUCAAGGAUUCUUAUUAUAAAAUAUUGGGAAUUAAUUUUGCUCUAGAGCUAAUGUACUUUAUUUUUCAAGACAUUGAUGUUGCCACUGGUUACUGUCCAGUUGGUUGGGUUGCACUUACUGUUGUGAUCCCUAAGAAGGAUGUCCUUUAUUUCCUGUGGGCUGUAUUACCAUCCUGCACUAAUGGCCUGAUCUCUGUGUUGGAGAAUACCCUUGGAGAGUAAGAUGUGUUUGUGUUCUAUAAGAUGCCCAGAAAAAAAAAACAAGAAAAAGGGGGGGAACAAGCAGAUUUGGACUUACAAUAUUUGUUUGCACUUAAUGAGCACAGUUAUACAGAUGAUAUCUUUAAUUAUGCAAAUAAUUAUGACCUCUUUUGUAUUCUGUUUUCCCAUGUUAUAAGAACAAAAUAGUAUAGUAUACUUUUAUGCACAUGUUUUUGAUCAAUGUGUAUGAAAAUAUAUUCGCAAACUAGUAUUUACAAUGUAGUCUUUUAACAAAAUAUCUGAUAUACACGAUCACACUUCUUCAGAAACUACACUCAAUUUUCACACGUGCUAUCAUUUCAGUUUCGGACACUUUUACUGCUUGCCAUAGUCUAUAAUCCAUCAGGUAAGAGAUUCAAGUGGAGAGAGAAAUACCUCUUCAAUUAUUUUAAAAGCAGAUCACUGUAUUAGCUAUGUUAACUUUUCCCAAAAAAAUAGAAUCACCUAAUGCAUACAAACAUUCUUAAUUAGACUAUUUGAAGUUUUUCUCAGAACUUGGAAUUUCUGAUGAGCUCUUUAGCAUGUCUGCCUAAUUUAUUUUUCUUCACUAGGAAAAGACAGAAAACACGGAACAAUAGCUGAACAAAGACAUUCAAAUAAUAUUUCUUUAGAAUAAAGUAGAAAAUAUUUUUAAAGAUUUAAAGAUUUUAAAAAAAUUGCUUUUAAAAAGCAAUCCAUCAUGGAGAACACCCAUAAGCAUUUUCUGCCCAUGAUGUAUGUGCUCCAAUAACCCGGCUUCAAACAAUUCAAGAGUGAUGUUUGUUUAUUAUAGCAACAGCAAGAUCUAUAUUUGUAGUAAUUCUUAAUGCCAAAUAUCUCAGUAAAUAUCUUGUGGGGGGAAACAGCGAUAGAGAGCCAUUUUCUAAUUCUUUUUAGGUUCCCAUUCCAUUUCUUCAUGACCAGCCCCUUAGAUCCUUCCAUUGCUCUUUGUAUUUGGCCACUCUUGAAAGGUAAUCAUUUGUUAAUGAUUGUCAAGUCCUGAAAGCACAGAAGGAAUUUACACUGGAAAGUUUCAGUGCCUGAAACAGCAGUGCUUGUUCUGUGAAAUGGGGUCUCCAAGAGAAGGACUAACCUAGUGCUUAAUCCUUCAAAUUUUCUAAAUGAAAUACCAAACCAGAGUCAUAUCAUUUCACAUUACUUCUAUUUUAGCUAGAGUAGAACAUAUCUUAAGUUUGAAGCAUAAGAAUCUGGAUCCUGCCACUAAAUGCAGACCAUUUGGACAGUAUUCAUUACCUUGUAUUGGCUCACAACAUGGAUCUCAAGUCACAGAAUGUUUGGUCAGAUUUUUCUGGCUUAAGAUUGACUUCAUAUUGUAUUCCUAAAAUGAUUUUAAUUCAACAUCAACCCUUGUAUUAAAUACUGACUACGAAUAGAUAACUAUGCUAGGGCCAGGAGAUAAAAAUAUGAAAUAAGGCACAUUCCUGCCCUUGGGGUGUUUACAAUUUAGUAGAAAGAUGAGAUGUGCACAAAUGAUUUCAUUGUGGGUCCUCCUUCCACUAGCAUAGAACACAGCUUUUCCAUGUCCUAGUGGAUGGUCUUUAUGAGUCUCUGUGGCCAAAAAUUUUGUCACCUACUGGCCAAACUUUUGGUGAUAAGCCUUUAUGAAUAUACUCAGGCUGGUCCUCAAACAGUAUAUCCAUUACUGUCAAAGAUCUAUACUAAAAUCCUUUUCAUAUAAGAACAUUACUUUAGCAUAAAUAUUUUUGCUACAUAUUGAAAAUUAUGUUUAAACCACUUACAAGUAUAUCUAUAGUGUAAAUCAUACCCAUUCUCACAGGGAACUCAUAUCAGUAUAAUGAGUCAAAAAUAUGUAUUUGAAUAUAUUAAUUGAAAGUAUAGAGGAAUAAGAUUGGACUUUGUGGUUACAUAUGUGGAUACAUAUGGUAUAGUGGAAAGAUUCAUAGAUUUGGAAUCAGAAGACAUGAGUUCAUAUUCCUACUGUACUGCUUACUGGUAUGUCCUUAGACAAAUCAAAUAACCUAUCUUGGCUUCAGUUUUUUUUCAUCUUUAAAAUGAGGGGGCAGUCCAGGAAGUCCAAAUGAACUGUAAUUUGUAUCAUCCUAUGAAUAUCUCAUUCCUAUAAAUUCAUAUAUUAUAUAAUCCACUCAGAAAAUGACAAAACCAUUGCUUUCAUCAAUAUAGUUCAAUUAUUGGGACUUUUAGAAGAAGGUUGACUCUUGGCUUUUUAAAACUAUAUUAUUAGACUAAGAUAGCCUCCUAAAAUAUCUGUAAACCUACAUCCAAGUGGGAAAACCCCCUAUAAAUUUAGCAGUUGUAUUUUAAUUUCUUUGGGGAGAAAUUCAAAACUUCAGCCCAAUGUUUUGUUUUUAUUGACCUUCUAAAACACACCGAAAAUUUAUGAUCUGGUUUCAAAUAAAAAUAACAAAAAACUAAGAAAGGAAGGAACUGAUAUAUAUGUUACAUAUGUGUUUUGUGUAUAUGUACAUAUUAUAGAUAUACACAUAUAUAAUAUAUGCCACAAUUCUCAAUACCCUAUAUUUCAAUGGAUAUCUUUUGGAUAGAGUCAGAGGCACAUAUUUUCAUUGUUAUCACAUGAUCAUUUCUUUUUCAGUUAGAUGGAGAUAACUUCCAUUUAAGUCCCCUCUUAUUCUUCAUGUUGGUAUGGAAGUAGCCCUGGGUUGUGAGCAGAAGCCAACUCUGGUAGACCUACCAAGGUGAGAAAGCUUCAGAUAUGGGUCCGGUGAGAGAACACAUAUCUCUCCUGUAGGAUCAGCUUAAUUAAAAAUGGAGCUAUUCAGCCAUAGAAGGUUAGCCUCCUCAGGCAUAGCAAUUCAUAUAAACCUGGAAUUCAAUAAACCUGGAAUCAGGAAGACUUGAGUUUAAACCCAAUCUCAAGCACUUAGCUGUAUGGCAAAAUUACUCAAUCUCAUUCAACCUGUUUCUUUAUCUGUAAAUUGGGGAUAAUAACACCUACUUCACAAAGUUGUUUUCAGGGUCAUAAGGUAAACUAUAAUGUACUUUGCAAGUCUCAAAAAGCUAUAUAAGCAGUAGCUAUUAUUAUAUGUUUACUAAGGCAUUGCAAUUUGCACCAGGGGAGAGAGUACUCAAUGAAGAUAAGAUUAUGAAUCCUUAAAAUAUUCCAGUAAAGUAGUGUAGAUGGAGGUACAUUUAACAGCCAACACUCACUUUCCAAUAACCAAUUAAAGUUCAUGCCAAGAGCUGCCGAGACAUCUUUCUUAGUGAAAAUACAUGAGAGAUAAGAGUUUUGAAAUGUUCUGCAUAAACUAUUCUUACUUCUCUUUCACAAUGUCAUUCAUCACAAAAAAAAAAUCUGGUAAAGAUACUCUUUAAUUAUUUAUGUUUUCUAUUUUCAUCCAAACAAAUUAGAAACAAAACAAAAUAAAAACUGCUGUUGUACCUUUGGUGGUAACCAAUACUAUAAUACCACCUCUAUUCUGAUAGAGGAAACAACUUUUUUUCCAGAACCAAAAUGUCUUCUCUUAAAUGAGAAAAAAAAUUAAGAAUUACUCUAAAACUCAUACCUUACUCAUACUCCCACAGGACAGUCCUCUAGUCAGAAAUGAUGGCUUUUUUUAAGUAUAUAAAAGUGUUGUGAUAGUUUAAUGCAUUAGAAGUCAAUUUAAGAACAUAUUUUUGUCCCCAACAAUUCUACCUAGGAAAAUGACCUAGGUAAAGAUCAAAUUACCCCUAUAUUGUUUAUGAAAUUGGCACAUUAUAAUUUCAUUAAAAUAUUUAUUCCGCCGUAGGUGAUUUAAAAAAAAAAACAGGAAGGAUUUGACAUAAUUUCCCAAAGAAAUGAAACCCUUAAAGCUUCUUGCUAUGUCUCUAUAAUCUAGCUGAUUUUUUGCAAUAUUCUGGCAGUCAGUCAGCAAGCAUUUAUUAAACAUGCAUUGUGUCAGACACUGCCCAAAGUGUUGGGGAUGCCAACAAAUGCAAAAAUAGUAUCUGCCCUCAAGGAGCUCACAUUCUGAUGUGUGGUGGGUAAACAUUUAUGUACAAGUGUGGCAGGUCAGAAUUCAGGCUUCUUCAUUUUUUCCCACUCAACAAUUCCAUAGAAGAUAAAGCAAGGUACUUUUCUUUAACGUGAAAAUUUAAUUUUUCGAGAACUCAAUCCUUCACAACUGCACACUUUGCCUCAUACAGUGCUGAACACAUGCUAGAGACAUUAGAACUAGCUGUAUUUUGGCUUGAGGCCAGUUUCUGCCCAUUAGGAGGGCAUUCAAAAUGAGCUACAGAGACAAGAAGCCUAACAGUUGAGCCACCCAGAGAAUGCAACAGUCAUUAUGGACCAGCUGUCCGGCUAUGGGAGAGGCAACAGUUUUCUAUGUGUCUGGCACAAGGAAUGUAUUGAGGGUGUGUGCUACUGACAUCAUAGCAUAUUUGGACCAGAAAAGACUCUGAAUGAAUGAAGUGAUGGCAAAGACAGAGAAGGGGUGGAGGGAGAGACAGAAUUAACCUUGUUGAAUCUUUUUGGUGGAGCAAGAAGGGUUAGCAUAUAAAGUUGAAUUUGAUUUCCAAUUAUGAAAAAUAUACUGUAUGGUCUAGUGAGACCAUUUCUUGAAAAACCAUCUACUCGGGGGGGAGGGGAAUAUUCAUUUUGUAACUACUGUAGGUUGGUGAUUAUUAUCUAUAUUGUACAGCAGAAUUAGCCAAAAAGUAUUAAAGCUAGUCAUAUAUUGACCAGGAGGUUCAAAAGGCUAGCAUUAAUAUGCAUUGUGGGUUUUAAAAAAUUAAUUAUUACUAUUAUUGAGCCUUGUAAAGUAAAUAAAAUGAAGGGUGGUGCUUCAAUAUUUUUAUUAUAUUUAAUUUAUGCUUAGUGGACAUUCAGUGAGAAUAGCUUUGGGGAAAUUAUUCAACUCAUGCUUUCUAGUGGUACCUUAAAUUUUACUUAUUAAAUGAUAUAAGAAAUAAAAUCCAAGAGUUCAAUUAUGGAAUGACAGAUUAAGAUCUGAGUAGUAUUUAUAAUUCAAGUUCAUGGAAACUGAAAGGUCUUUCAUCCACAAAAGGUCAUUUCUUUGGCUAUCAUGAUUCAGUGAUUCAGCAGGAUAAGAUAUUAUUUUAAUGGAAAAGGCUAAAAUACUUUGAGGGUGGUUUUAGGGUAUCUUAGAAGAGUGAGAGACUCAUUUAUACAAAGUUUUUACAUCUAGUGCCCUUGGGUAAGUCAAGUCGACAAACAUUUAUUAAGCAUCGAUUAUAUUCCAGGCACUGUGCUAAGGCUAUGGAAAUAUCUUUCUAUCCUUUUAAAAUGUCAUAACUUUGAAAUAUAUACUAGAGAUGAUAGAUGAGUCAAAAUAAAUCAAUGAUUACUGAGGUAAGGCUGGGACCAUCAGUGGAACUCUGACCAUCACCCUUUGUAGAAAAGGACAGGUAAGCGUAUUUUGGAAAGACUGAAGGGGGGAAACAGAGGAUGAAACCCCAGUGCUCUGAAAUGCUUAAUGGUAAUGUAGUUAUCUUUUGUAGGAUUUCUAAGCAAAUCUGGGGGCUAUCAAUAUGUAGGAAAGUGUAAAUGAUUACAUGUUUUUAUAGUAGGGAUGCAGGCAUUCCAAAAUGAACUCACAAAAUCCAUGGAUCCCCAUCUUUUACUGAAAGUAUUACUCAAUCUAAUUUUAUAAUGUCUUUCUUUUUAAAGUUUUAAGACUAUAAAAAAAAAACAUUUAUUUCUAAGAUUUCAGUCAAGCACUGGCAGUGCAUUUUUUAUGCCUUUUCAUGCUUUCUCACCUCACGUGUCCACUAUUCUACAUAUCACAUGCAAUAGCAAUGUUUCUAUCUUUCAGGGAGUUUGAUUUAAGUUGCACAUUUAUUCAAUGUGACUUUUAAUAGAGAUUAAAAAACAAUGGGAGAUAUUUGAUAGAAGCAUUAAGAUUAUACAUCUCUCAUUUCAUCUUUUAUCAGUUAAAUUUCAUCCUCUUUCUUCAAGGCAAAUAUAGCAAAUUGUAAAACAUACAGGAAGUGGUUCAUGGGCAGUAUUAUAUAAAGCCUGUGAUUCUGAAAUUUAAUAUAAUGUUUGCUUUCUGGGAUAUUUGUAUACUGAUCCUCAUCUGAAUAUCUGACGACUCUUGUGUUGUAUUUUUUAUGAUUCCAAGAUGCUUUGAGGGAAAGAUAUUUUAAUGUGUACAAUUUGUUUUAUUUUCAUACUGAUCUCUAUUUUUGUUUAAAACCAUGUUGCAUCAUAAAAUCACUUAAUCCAAAAUAAAUCUUCUUUUAAGAAAAA